AUGCAAAUAGAUGAUGAUGAAAGAAGAUUAAUUGCAUUUAGAAAACACAAACCUCCGUCUUUCGGUGGAACUCGUAACCCUAUAGUAGCAGCUAAUUGGCUUCAAGCUAUGGAAAAGAUCUUUAGGGUUAUGAGGUCUCAGGAUAAGAUGAAACUUCUAUACUCCGCUUAUAUGUUGGAGGGUGAUGCUAACGAGUGGUGGUUCAAUACUACUCAACCUUUAGAAUUGCAGGGUCAUGUCAUUACUUGGAAUAUGUUUGAGGGUCUAUUCUUGGAGAAAUAUUUUCCUCAGGAUGCUGGGGAAAGGAAACAGAGAGAGUUUGAACGACUUGUUCAAGGCCCUAUGUAUAUCGAUGAUUACUUAGAUAAGUUUAACGAACUUUUUAAGUUUGCAAACUAUAGAGGCGUUAUGCCUUCAUCUGAAUUUCUAGCUGUCAAAUUUCAAAGGUGUUUAAAUGAGAAGAUUGCAGAAUUGAUGGCUUGUAGCAGAUCUAGAGAUUUUGCUACCUUGGUUAAUCAAUGCAGGAAAGUUGAGGAUGUCUGUAACCUGUCAAAGAAGUCUUCUGAUGGUAAAGGGUCUGAUUCGAAAGCUUCCACUAGCAGAAAUCAAUGGUGGAAAAACAAGGGGAAAGGAAAGAAUUUACAUGUUAAGCAAUCUAGUGAUGAAUUCAAGAAACUUGGGAAUCCCUAG